UUGCUCCGCUUUGUGUUGUCCCGACGGUUGCUAACCAGGCAGCGCUACCAUCACUAAGGAAGCACCUCCACGACGGAGAGGUAAGAGGGAAAGCAGAAAGCUCAAUGAGUGGUCAGAUCUGUUUCUCUCUCCGUCAUCUGUGCUUUUAAAAUCAUUUAAAAGCCGAGUGUUUUGGCGGAAAUAGUCCAGAAGACCUCCCUUUAAAGGUAAUACGAUCUUGUUGAGUAAGAACGCCAUGGAACUAUCGCAAGAGCGCGAUUCCUUGAUGAAUGGAGUAAAUACGCUUAAAGCUGACAUUCGGGAAAUUCUGCAGUCUGGAAACUUUUACUGUACUGAAGAAAUUGCCCGAGAACUGACUGCUAUCGAUAAUGGACUAGAACAUCUUAAGCUGGACAACCGACUGCUGCUUUCCGAUGAACGGAACGGCUCUUUCCGAUCAUCCGAAGCGCAAGCGUCUGUAGCUGGUGCCACUCAGAUGCUAGCCAAAGCAGCUUCACACAUGUUUGACAUCAAGACUAGGAUGGGAGGCAAAAUCUUGCACGAGAAGCAAGAGAAUGAACUGCGUGAACUUCAUCAAUGGGCAAUGACCACUCUACAUCAGAUACAGCAGGACAUGGCACCAUAUGCAUUUGAUGCAAAUGCUCGCAUCAAGCACUUUGGCGACCAAAUUGGUGUGACUGAUCGUUACACUGGAUACCGAAGCAAUCUGACUCGAGGCUCACGGGAACCAGUCAAGAUGGAUACUUACUGGAUGGAUAAGAAGAGUUUGACUGGCUUUAUGAACCCUGUGUCCCGUUCUCACACUUCCAUUGGCUUUUCCACACGUGAACAGACAUUCAACAGGCCAGUCUUUGAGCAGGUUUGCUUUGGCAGUGUUGAGCCACAGAACAUUGGGCUUCUCAGAAAUGAGAUACGCUAUUCCAAUGAUAGACCUCCUAUGAACAUCACAAAAGGGUACCGUACAAUAGACAGUUUGUACCCACGCAGCACCACGAUAGAAGUUCCAGGAACCCGUGUUGCAGGUGCCCCCAACUUUAGUGGAAAUUAUUAUGACCUGUGCGCUCUUAAUAGCAGAAAUGCCACAUACACAGGUCCACAAAAACAUGAGGCAGCCACAUCAUAUUCCAGUGCCAGAAACCUGUCUGUCCAUGAGCAGGCUGGCAUCAAUACCACAUUUCCUGGGAAAACAGAGUACACAACACGCUACACCUUGCCUGAUGAAUCCAAGAGCUAUGAUUUUGUCAUCAACCCCACACCCAACCUCCACAUCUAUGGCCGACCCUUAGGGUCGAGUCGCUUUUAUCCUCCUACUACAGAAUACCAAUGCCGAUUUGAAUGGCCUGAUGGAGAGAAAAUUUGUAAACUACCAUGGCUGCGGAAAUAAGGUUGUGAAGUAACGGUGGAAGACUUAAAAGCAAAAGAUCUGAACUUAUGUCAGGCGAGAAAGAAACAUAUAUGUGUGCCAUGUUUUGCUUACCAAAAAAAAAGGAAAGAAAGAAAAAGAAAAAAAAUUAUAUCUGCUCAUGCUAAGUAUCAAAUCUAAGAAAUCUUUAUGGAGUGAUUUGGUAUUUAUAGAGACAAUAAGUUUCCUAGCAUAAGUAGAAAGAGAUAUUUUAUUCUUAAAUCUUUCUUUUAGACUUCUGUUUUAAUAAAGACUUUAAAUUGGAAAAACGAUCUCAUUAACCCCUACAAGGCAAAGUUUAAAAUUAUGUUAUGUGACAUGCAGUGACCACAUACAUUGUCUACUAGAACAUUCAUCAGUUUGUGCAAAUAACUAAUGAGCGGGAGGGAAGAUGUGAAUAUGCACAAGGACACAGGGAGGAAACUCUUCUUAGGUGGUUCAUCUGCCAAAGAGAAAAGAGCGAUUUUUCUGCGUAAAGAUUUUGCACUGACGGUCGUAAUACAAAAGUAAUUGCCUUUGCUUUCUUGACAGAAUGUGGGAGAAGUCUCACAUUGCUGAUUGCAGAAAAGUGAGUUUCUUUUUUUACCUUGAAUACCCUGUCCUCACAGAGAUGGAGAGGAGACCAUGCUCAGCCACAUAGAUUAACAAAACCAAGUUGGCAGAAAAUGUUUAGUUUGUCAUCAACCUGGAGAUUUUCCCAGGUAAAAUGGUUCUCAUAGUCAUAAAUUCUGAGUGAGAAAUAUAUAAUUUUUAUUUACCUUUUUGAGUCUGUAAAAAUGAAACUCUUGUGUAAAUGUUAUUAAUAUUUAUGACCUUGAAAAAAAAUUUGAUCUGACAUAUCUACUACAGUUAAUAAAAUUCUAGGGGAAAACAUGG